CAACCCUAAUAAAGUACAACAUCGUAAUAAACUUAAACAGCCAAGGGCAAUCUCGUCUUACCAACACCAAACUAUAUCCAAGUCGUCUCCGAGUCUCAUUACCACCGAUAAACCAAAACGCGAAAUCUUUUAUAUGCUCUUCCACAUUUGUCCCCGUCAAUGGCUUUCUCGUAAUUCUCACUUAUUUCCGAUCUCAAACUCUACUCGCCGCCGUAGAUCUCAUCACUCCGUCCGACAAGUUUAGGGUUUUUAUUUAGGGUUUAUUCAUCGCGGAUUCGAUUCGGUUAUUUAAGGAUUUUGAGUUAGGGUUUUGAUUUAAGAUUAUCAGUUAGGGUUUUUUUUUUCAAAUAACAGUGAUGCCGAGGAGUUCGCGACACAAAUCGAGUAAGCACAGCUCGAGAGAUGCGAGAGACUAUUCUGAUUCUGAGAAGGAGAAGGAGGCGAGUUUUUCAAAGGAUCGGAAAAGCAGUAAAGAAGAGAGUAUUAGUACUAGUAUUAAGGUUUUUAAGGAGUCUGGUUCUGUUGAGAAACGGAAGCUCGAGGCGGCGAAUAAUAAAGAGUCGGGAAAUGGAGAUUAUUUGGAGGAAUAUUCUUCCUCGAAGCGGCGGAAGGGGAGAGGUGAGGAUGGAGUGAGUGAUAGGUGGAAUGGGGGAGGGGAUGAUGAGAAUAGGAGCGAAGGGACGAAGAAGGUGAAAGAGAGGUCUUCGAGUGAAUCGAAGAGUAAGAAGAGAGAUGAGAGUGGUGGAGGAGGCUAUGUGGAGAUUGAGGAAGUGGUGAAGAGAAGUAGUGGGAAGAGUGAAGGGAAACAUAGGGAAUCGAGUUCUCGGAAAGAGGGGAGAGAUGGUGGGGCUGAGAAGGAGAGGGAAAGGGAGAAGGAAAAGGAGAGGGACAGGGAUAGAAGAGGCAAGGAAGGAAAAAUUGAUAAAUUUGUUGAUGGAGAUGAUAUGCGAGCAGUGAAGCAAGUUUCUGAUAAAACUGAGUCAAAUGCACGUGAUUGUUUGAAAAGUCCUGAAUCGGAUAACUUGCCUGAUAAAAGAACUAGGAGAAAGCGAGAUGGAUCUGGCGAUGGAGAUAAGCAUCAGGAUGAUAUUGGAGGCAACAAUGACAGACGAUUUUCAUCGAGGGAAGAUGUUCCCAAGGAUGGAAGACCAAAGGAUGAAAGGCACAAGGAUGAGAAAAGUAGAGAUAAAUAUGGUGAAGAUAUGGAUAAGGAAAGCAGGCAUCGUGAUAACAAGCUAAGAGAUGACCGUGCUGCCAAAGAUCACAUAUACAGCAGGUCAGAUGAUAAGCACUUGAGGGAGGAUAAAGAUGCAGAAAAUAGACCAAAGAAAUAUAAGUCUCAAGAAGUUGAUCAUGACCUUGAGCGAGAUCGUGAUCAUGAUCGUGACUUUGACAUUGGUGCAGAUCCUGAUCGUGAAAGUUACCAGCGCGAUCGAGAACGUGACCAUGAUAGGGACCGAGAUCAUGAUCGUGAUCGUGGCUGGGAUUGGGAUCGAGAUAGAGAACGGGACCGAGGUAGAGACCGGGAUCGGGAGAGAGAGCGGGAACGUGACCGGGAGAAAAUAUUUGACUAUGAUGGGUCACAUAUGGAUGAUCGAGGGGCUAGAUAUAAAGAUAGCCGGGGAAGAAAGAAAUCUCCUGAAGAUCAUGAUGAUUACAAUGAAGUUAAAGCUAGAGGUGGCAAAACACCUUAUGCCGACAUGGAAAAGAAGUCUUUGAGCAGAAAUAGAGUCGAGUCUGAUGUUGACAGAGGAAGGUCCCAGUCACGCCAAGCUCACCAAGAUAAUAGGAGAAGGGCCUCUCCAAACUCCAGUACACAUGGUGCUGCAGAUGAUGAUAGGCACAUCAAACAAGAAGAAUUGAAGUAUAGAGAAGCUUUGAUAGAGCAGAAAUCCAAAUCAAUUUCUUCCAGAGAGAUAACUAGUUUGCCAGGAUCAUCAGAUAGAGCUCCGAAGUACAGAUCCUCUGAGAAACUAUCUAAAAUGGAUGACGGCCAUAUGGGAGAGUUAGAAAGGUCUUCAAGCUCUAAAGCAUCACCUAUGGGCCUGAUGGAUAGAUCUCCUUCAUCAAGUCUGGAGCGUAGCAGAUACAUGAACAGAUCUAGUGUUAGACGGAGCCUUGAGAUUGAAGAAUCAGGAAGGAGGAACAGUGCUUCUAUGGGUGCAAGAGAUUUCUCUACUGAUGACAGACCAAGUCGUGAUUUACCUUUGGAAAAGUCUCUAGCAGAAGAAUCGACUUCAGUUGAUUCAUCUUUUUAUAAUAGAAACAGUCAGAGCAACUCUGUUUUGAUUCCUCCGUCUACUUUUAGGGGUGGAGUUGGCAGCCCUUCUUUCCUGGGUUCUCAUGAAGAAGAUGGUAGAAUUAAUAAUAAUAAUCGCUAUAAGAGGAGUGGUGAUCCCAAUAUGGGAAGGGGUCAAGGAAAUGCUUGGAGAGCUGCCCCAAAUUGGUCUUCACCUAUGGCAAAUGGUUACAUUCCUUUCCAACAUGGGCCACCUCAUGGAGGUUUUCAAGCAAUGAUGCCGCAGUUUCCAUCUCCUCCUAUGUUUGCAGUCAGACCUUCAAUGGAAAUGAAUCACUCUGGGAUUCCUUAUCAUAUUGCUGAAGCUGACAGGUUUCCGGCUCAUUUGCGUCCUAUUGGAUGGCAGAACAUGAUAGAUGGUUCAGUGCCUUCUCACAUGCAUGGAUGGGAUGGGAAUAAUGGUAUGUUUAGGGAUGAGUCGCACAUAUACGGAGGAGGAGAAUGGGAGCAAAAUAGGCAUCCAAUUAAUGGCCGAGGAUGGGAAAGCAGUGCUGACAUGUGGAAAGGGCAAAAUGGUGAUGCGAAUUUGGACAUGCCCUCUACAUCCUUGAAAGAGGAUUUUACAGAACAGGCCCCUGUGGAUGAUGUUUCCACAGGUCAAAGGUCGCAAAAUGAAAGUAGCCAUCUUGGGCUUCAAGCAAAAACUGUUGAAACAAAGCUAGCUGUCACUCCCUUAACAAAAGAAUCUCCUAAAUUAUCACCUGAAAUUAUUCAUGAGGAGACUUCUGAUCCUCCAAAAUUGUCGAGUAUUGAUACUGUUACUUGUCUUUACAAUGCUUAUCUAUCCAAGCUAGACAUUUCAAUAGAGCUUGCUGAUCCAGAGCUGUAUAACCAGUUCACGAGCUUGCUGAAUAUCGAACAGAGUGCUACAGUUGAUGAAGGCUUUGCUAUGCUAGUAAAUUUGAAGGAUGGUGGAAGAGCAGUACCAAAAAGUUCGAGUACAUUGUUGAAUACCUCCCUUCUACCCACGACUAAUGAUUCUGUUUUUCAGAGAGCCAUGGACAUCUACAAGAGGCAGAGAGUAUGUUUGAGUGGUCCAUCCAUUGCUAAUGGUGGGAUGAUAGAUGUUAUCACCACAUCCAGAAUAGAGGAGGAGCAAGUUCCUGACAAUAAUGUGGACAUAAUAAAAGAGGAAAUUGCGAAUCACACUGCAGAAAUGUCUGAUUUGCAGAUGAUGGAGUUGGAAGGGGAGAAGAAAGUAGAAAUUCCAAUUGCUGAUGUGCUGGAGAAUUCAGAUGUUGCCUCCGUCCAGAAUAUAGAUGCUGACCUGAAGUUAGAAUCUUCAGGUGAAGCUAUUACGAAUGAUAGUCCAGAAGAGCCCCUGACUAUGAUUGUUGAUGGUGAUAAGGAUGAGAUGUCAUCCAAGGCGGUGGAUUUAGAAGAUCCACCAAAGCCGAUGGAGUUGAUUUCGGUUCCUGGUGACGAGCCAAAUGCUCUACCAAGUGAGGUGAGUCAGAUGGAUGAGACUGAAGGUAGUAAUAAUUCUAUGAAUUGUGACGAAGGUCAGGGAAUUGAUGAUGCAAAAUGUGGUUCUUUAAUAAUUAAGGAAGGUUGUUCAUCCCCGAAUGCAUCAGGGGAGUUGAAUGAGAGUGAGUCGGUAAUUUUAAGUCGGAUACAUGAUUCUCCUGAAAGUACACAUUGAGACGAUUUCUUCUUAUCCUAUAUGUUAUUUCUUUAUUGCGUUUUUUUGGUUUAGUUAUUUUUGCUUUGUUGCUUCUUUUUCGGCAAGAAAAUAAAAAUGAAAUAUGCUCUACUGUCCCCUAUAUUAGGGGUCAUUACGCGCAUUGAAGUUCAUCUGCUUUAUUAA